CGUCGCGUCGUCGUCACCGGCGUCGGCCUCGCGACGCCGCUCGGCGUCGGGAGAGAUCUCGUCUGGGACGGGCUCGUCGCCGGUCGCUCGGGCGUGCGCGCGCUGCGGCGCGAGGACAUCGCGGAGGGGGAGCGAGGGUGGGCGCAGAUGACCGUGCGCGUCGGCGCGCGCGUCCCGCGCGGGACGCGACCGGGCGAGUUCGACGAGAAGCGAUGGUGCGACGGCGAGCUGAAGGGCGUCGCGGGGUCGGGAUCGGAUGAAUCCACGACGAUACGCCCCGCCGUCGGCGGCGGGCCCCGCAUCGCGCCGUUCACCGGCCUCGCCCUCGCCGCCGCCGCGGAAGCGCUCGCCGACGCGGGAUGGGACGCGUCGCGCGUCACGGACGAGCAGCGAAACCGCGCGGGCGUCGCCAUCGGCGCCGGGAUGGGCCACGUCGCGGACCUCGUCAACGCGGGCGCGUUGCUCGAACGCGGGAAACUGAGACGCGUCUCCCCGUUUUUCGUGCCGCGCAUCCUGGUCAACAUGGCCGCGGGGCACGUGAGCAUGGCGCACGGGCUCAGAGGGCCGAACCACGCGGCGGCGACCGCGUGCGCGACGGGCGCGCACGCGAUAGGCGACGCGUUUCGGGCGGUGCAGAGAGGCGACGCGGACGUGAUGGUGGCGGGCGGGACGGAGAGCUGCGUCGACCCGGUGUCGUACGUCGGGUUCGCGCGCGCGCGCGCGCUCGCGGACCCGGCGGCGAUGACGCCGCGCGCUUCAAAGACGAAGAAGAAGGAUAAGGAUAUAUAUAACGGCAGCGGAGAAGACGUCACCGAAGGCUGUACAGACGAUGUCGACCCGAGCACGGCGUGCCGGCCGUUCGACGCGACGCGAGCGGGGUUCGUCAUGGGCGAGGGCGCGGGCGUGUUGGUGUUGGAAUCACUCGAGUCGGCGCGCCGACGCGGCGCGAUCCCCUACGCGGAGAUACGCGGCUACGGCCAAGCCUCGGACGCGCACCACAUCACGCAGCCACCAUCCGACGGCGCGGGAGCGUCGCGCGCGAUGCGCGCGGCGCUGGAAGACGGCGGCGUGCGGCCCGAAGACGUCGGGUACGUCAACGCGCACGCCACCGGCACCGUCGUCGGCGACGCCGCCGAGUCGCGCGCUUUAGCGACCGUCUUCCAGGAGCGGUACCUCCGCGGCGAGCUCUCCGUGUCUUCCACGAAAGGCGCGACCGGGCAUCUGCUCGGCGCCGCGGGCGCGGUCGAGGCUGCGUUCGCGGUGUUGGCGCUCAGCACGAAGACGCUGCCGCCGACGUUGCAUCUGGAGACGCCGUGUCCGAACGCGGCGCCGGCGGGCGCGGAUCUCGUGCCUCUGAUCGCGCGCGUCAAGCCGGGGCUGAGGGCGGCGAUGACGAACUCGUUCGGGUUCGGGGGGACGAACGCGUCGCUGGUGUUCACGUCG